GAGCGGGUGGGUGGUGUUCCGUGGUGCUCCCGGACUGCGCCCGUUAUUUAUUUAACUUCCAGAGUGCCUGGAUACAAGAUAGCUGAUGCAUUAAGAACAAUGGAAACAAAGAAACCUGUUCCUGAUAUUACAAGGACAGAACUGGCAAGCUUACGUCUGUGCAUAACAGAGCCAACAUUUUUUGAGGACCCAAGGGUGAUUCGUGCUGCUGAAUCUCUAAACCUGCCAAUAUCUUCAAAAUCUGUAGAAGAAUGUUUGGCUGACAGCGAGUUUGAGACCAUAUUUUUGGUGAAGGAGUUUGAUGGGGAGCUGUUCACACAUCUGGUGGACUCUGAUGGCAUCGUGCUGGGCCGGCCGGCCCUGCUGGACAUAGUCGCCAGGGGCAUCCCCAUGCCGAACCUCUCGCGGCCGCUCUUCUCGGCCGCCAUGAAGGACGUCACCAUGUGCUUCACCGGCUUCAGGAUGCGUCAGCAGUUGAAGCGGCUUGUCGACCUGGUGCACCACCUGGGCGGCUCGGUGCGCAGAGAGGUCGGCCCCAACAUCACGCACGUGGUGGCCAACGCCUGCUCCGGCGAUAAGUACAGGUACGCGGUGACGUUCGGUCUGCCGGUGCUGCGCGACUCGUGGAUCGAGGCCGUCUGGGAGCGGAGGGAGGAGCUGGGGCUGAUAGCCACCCGGCCCGAGCUGAUGGGCGCGCACCGAGUGCGCCCCUUCUUCGGCGCCCGCGUGCGCCUGCUGGGCUUCUCGCCGGAGGAGCGCAACCACAUGGCCGAGGUGCUGCUGGAGAACGGCGGUCAGCUGGCGGGCGGCGGCGACGACGACGAGCCCUGCACGCACCUGGUGGUGGACGACAGCACGGUGAAGGAGCGGCCGGACGCGGUGCCGUCGCGCGCCCACCUCGUCAAGGCCGAGUGGUUCUGGGCCUGCAUCCAGAUGGACGCCGCCGCCGACGAGGCCAUGUACCGCUUCCAGACGCCGGCGGCGCGCGAGGUGGCCAGCCCGCCGCAGGGCCUUCUGGUGCCGACGCUCACUCCCGGCUCGCGCACCAACCGGAAGCGCAAGCGGCUGCGCGAGACGCUGCACCAGCUGGCGCGCGACACGCCCAGCCCUGCCGUUACCUCGCCCACGGCCGGGUCGUCCCAGCCAACGGCCAAGCGGCGCUCGUCCAUCACCGACAUCAACCUGCUGUCGACGUCCGGCUCGUUCCUCGACGCCACGCCGGGCGGCGACGCGGACGCCUCCACGUUCGCAGAUGGCUGCUCGCCGGGCCUGGGCGCGUCGCCGGCCCUGGCGCCCGACCUGCGCUCCAUGUCGCCCCGGCAGCAGGUCUUCCACGAACUGCUGCAGACCGAGACAAAUUACGUCAAAGUUCUGCACACCAUCGUCAUGCUGUUCAAGGAGCCGCUGGAGGCGGUGGACCAGGUGGGCGGCCCGCUGCUCGAGCCGCCCGACAUCAAGAUCAUCUUCGGCAACAUCCCGCCCAUGUACGAGGUGCACCAGCAGUUGCGCGACGACCUGGCGCGCAUGGCGCACCACUGGCGCGACGAGCUCAGCGUCGGAGAGGCCGUCAUCAAAUACGGUGACGAGCUGAUGCGCGCCUACCCGCCGUUCGUCAACUUCUUCGAGAAGUCGAAGGAGACGCUGGUGCGGCUGGACGCGUCGCGGCCGCGCUUUCACGCCUUCCUCAAAAUCAGCCAAAGCAAGCCUGAGUGCGGCCGCCAGACGCUGCAGGAGCUGCUGAUCCGACCCGUUCAGCGGCUGCCCAGCAUGAUCCUGCUGCUCAACGAUCUACUGAAGCACACGCCCAAGAGCCAUCCGGACCAUCAGAGGCUAGAGGAGGCCGUGGCCAAGAUCAAGGAGGUGAUGACGCACAUCAACGAGGACAAGCGACGCACCGAAGGGCAGAUGGCGCUCUUCAACAUCUUCAACGACAUCGAGAAUUGUCCGGCGCACAUCGUGUCAUCGCACCGGGCGUUCGUGGCGCGCUGCGACGUGGUGGAGAUCAAGGGCGACGGGCUGAGCGGCCGCGGCGACCACCUCAUCAUGUUCCUGUUCUCCGACAUGCUGGAGGUGUGCAAGAAGCGGGCGCGAUACAACACGCUGCGUUCACCGUCGGCGGCCAGCCUGCAGGCGGCCUCGCGCUCCUUCAAGCCCUACAAGCACGUGGAGCUGAUGCCGCUGGCGCACAUCAAGCGCGUGGUCGACAUACGGGAGACGGAGGAGUGCCACAACGUUUUCACGCUGAUCUGCCGGAGCAACCACGAGCUGAAGGAGCGCCACUACACGUUCACCAUCAGCUCGGAGGACGUGCCGAAGGAGCAGUUCCUGCGCACGCUCUGUAGACAGAUGGCGCAUGCCACGUGCCGCGCUGACGCCGAGAACUUCCUGACCGUACUGGACCCGCAGCAUCUGGACAUCGAGAGCAGCGAGGUGGCCGCGCACAGCACACUCAGCCGCGUCUCCAAGUUCGCCUCCAAGACGUCGCGCAAGGUGGGCCGCGCGUUCAGCUUCAAGCAGACGCCCAACAAGUUAAGGCGCGCCGUCUCCACCGUGAUCAGUCCGUUCCAGGGCGGCACGCCAUCCGGGCCCAUGGCCGAGCUGCGCAUGGCCUCAUCUUCCAACCUGCGGCGGCUCAUCCACCAGUCGUCGGUGGCCACCAUGUCUCCGGCGCGGCCGCAACUGACGCCCAGCGACGUCGACCCAGCCACCCCCCUGUCUGCGUUCAACGGCGCGGCCACCAUGCCCCACCCCCAGUCAACAACGCCUCUCUCAUCUAAGAAGAAGUUUAAGGCAAGCUCGCUGGGGUUUUCCGCUUCCAAGCUCCUCUAGCCGGCGGAGCAGUGCGGCGCAGCUGCCGCCGCUGCCGGCGCGUGCGCUGCCCCAGCGGCUGGCGCGCGCCCUCAGUCUCAGCUCGGUGCCGAGCUCGUGACGGGGAGAGGACGGAAGGCGGGGCGCCCGCCCGACACGCAGGGAACGGCAACUUUCCGAGCACGCGCCGUCUCCGCGAGAAGGAGACGCCGGCGGCGGCCCGCGCGGCCGCCGCCCAUUCUGUACAUACGGACCGACGCCAAGGGACGCCACCGCCGGCGUCACGCGCCGUCGGUGACGUCACGCCAGUGAUGCCUGUGGGUCUGCAGUCUUGUUGGAUAUUUAUGUUGACCGCCUGUGUCGGGAAGUUACGUCAGGGAUGACUUUGGCAAAUCGAGCUCGCCUGAGCUGUUUGGCCUCUCGAAGUCCGGGCCGGUGUCGGUCCGGACUCUUGUUAGUCUGUCUGUCUGAGGGCGGGCCUAGUCUCGGCUGGGCGGAGGAGGCCGCUCCGCGCCGAUCGAGCGAGUCGGACAAUCAUACUCUACGGCGCACGUGUCCGCCCACCGCGCCUGCGCUGCUCGGUGUGGUGCCCUGCUGUCACCGGACCCGCCGAGCCUUGGCGGGGCCUCUGUCUGUGCUGUUUGCUCGGUGCUGCUCUCUUGUACUCGUAUGUCUGUUGCCAGAGCCAGUGAUUCGCCGCAUUUAUGUCAAAUCGUCAACGUAGUCUUCUUUAAAAGUUUUAUACCGAGUUUCCAGUGAUGAUCUGAAUA